AUGAACCGGUGGCGAGUUUUCGGUUCAUUCGAUUCUUCUGGAAAACCCGGUCGGGCAAUGGAUCUCGACAAGGGGUACACUCGCCACGUCAAAGCUCUGUCCACAGAUAUGUGUCGUGUUUUGUACGGGGUACCCUUGCCAGGAGUUAAAAACCCCACAUCCUCGAGCGCUGCCGCUAAUCGUCCGCGACCGCUUAUUCGGAAGGUCGAAGCCCACCUUAUUCACGGUUAG